UGAAGGUUUCCGCUACCUGUUGAUGGUGUUGGUUUGCGUGGGAGAGCUAUCCGAUUCGUCAAAUCGUCGUUUGAAUCUUUGUUUACAAAAGCAGAUAAGUCGUUUUGAAAAUUUUGUCUUGAAUCCGUAUCGAAAACAUGACAUGAGCGCCUACAUUCUGCAGAAUAUGUACGAUUCUAUUGAUGCUGCCACGACUGCUGUGAAGGAAAUGCGUGGAUUCCUGUUAGGGGCACCGGAUCGUCGUAUUCGUAUCGAUUUUGCUGAUAACGGAACAACACCAUCGUUCUCGAAGAGCAGUGGAGGUUUUGAGGAAGGCGGAAUGGCAUGUUAUCGAAUGCAAGAACGUUACCAGAAGUUGCACGGAAAUCUACCACAGUCUGGCAAGGGGCGCUGAUUUUGAAAAGUUCACUAUUCCCCGCCAAGUUGGCCUGAUGAAGGAAGAGGAAGGUAAACACCACCUUCGUAUUACUCAGCGACUACGCCUCGAUCAACCCAAGUUGGAAGAUGUGCAGAAGCGCAUAUCGACGUCAUCGUCGCACGCAAUCUUCCUCGGCCUGCUGGGAUCGACGUCAUCGGUAGCAUCGUCGGAUGAUGCCAGCGUUCAGACGCGUCCACUGCGUAAUCUCGUGUCCUACCUGAAGCAGAAAGAAGCGGCCGGCGUUAUUUCCUUGUUCAAUAAAGAAACGGAAGCAACCGGUGUGCUCUACUCAUUCCCGCCAUGCGAUUUUUCGACAGAAUUGUUGAAACGAACAUGUCACAACCUCACUGAAGGAAGACCAUCUGGUAAUCGUGGUGGUCCGAGGAGGUGCCUUCUUUCUGGUAUUGCAGCAACUUGUCCAUAUUGGCACAGCAUACAACAUGGCUGGUCUAAAAAUUUGUUUGUAAAUCAAAAGUUUGUUCUUAAGACAAAGUUUUGAUUUUCUGUUUAUA